AUGGCACUCCUCACCUUGAUCCUAGUAGCUACAUGUCUGAGUGCAUAUGCACUGUACAAGUACUUGGAAUCAUGUCGUCUUCAUAAGGUUCCUACAGGACUGAAGCCACUUCCUGGUCCAAAAGGCUACCCCAUCAUAGGUUCCAUACCCGAUGUACCAGAGAAGAAUGGCUUCAUCAAGUUCUCCGACUGGGGCAAGGAGUACGGCCCUAUCUACCAGACCAACUUAGCUGGAUCCAAUCACGUCUGGAUAUCUUCUGAGAAGAUUGCGCAUGAUCUCCUGUCAAAGAAAGCAGCCAUCUACUCUGACCGACCACACAUCCCCGCUUUGAUUGACGACAACCGUACAAGUGCACAGUAUCUGCCAUUGCUCAGCAGAAAUGAGGGCCACACUCGCCAGAGGAAAUUCACAAACGUGAUCAUGCGCGAGUCCGAAAAGGCAAUCUUCCACCGGUACCCAGAGUUAGAGGCAAAGCGCAUGCUUGUUGAGCUACUCGAGGAGCCCGAUCAGUACAAUCAUGCUCUCGAAUCCUUCAUCGCCCGCGUUACGUCUCGCCUAGCGUGGGGCCAUGCCGAAGCCAGUGACGAGCUCAAACAACGAGCACGCGAACUCCUAAUUGGUGUGUCACCUACCGGGGCACUGCCCAACAAGCUACCCUUUUUGAUGGCACUGCCCGAUUGGCUAUCACCAGCCAAGGCAUGGGAGAGGCGACGGGCUAAGACAGAGCGAACAUUCUUCCAGACUAUGCAGUCACAGGUUGAGAGAGACAUACAGGAGAAGACAGCACCAGCUUCUUGGAUGAAGACCUUCCUUACCCAGGGAGCCAGCAAGUUCGGCUUCAAGUCUGACCUCGAGGGUGCGUAUGCAGUUGGCAUGCACGGCAUUGCUGGUGCAUUGACAAUCGCCGCGCCAAUGCAGUCCUUCUGCUUAGCUAUGUCUCAUUACCCACAAUACCUGUCAAUGCUUCAAGAAGAGAUCGACCGCGUCUGCGGUGACAGACUUCCCAUCUCAGAAGACCGUCCAAAUAUGCCGAUGCUCCGCGCUGUCAUCCGCGAGUUGAUCCGCUGGCGCCCACCGGUGCCGACUGGCAUCCCUCACUACCUAACACAAGACGACGAAUACAACGGCUUCCAUAUUCCCAAGGGCAGCACUAUUCACCCUCUUGAGUGGGCAAUAUCUCGUGAUCCGGAAAUCUAUCCCGACCCUGAAACAUUCAACCCUCUGCGAUGGCUGAAGCCCGAAUACCCAACAUACAAAGAACCUUUGACUCAAUUCCCUACUAUCAUUAAUUCAUCCCAGUUCGGCUACGGACGACGACUGUGUCAAGGACAGACAGUGGCUGACGAAGAUCUCUUCAUCGGCAUCGGAUCCGUCGCCUGGCUCUUCAACAUCUCCAAGCGCUCGUCAGACAAGCCACCCGUCCCAAAGAAGCCCCAGCACCUUGUUGGAAUCAACAAGAAACGCACUAUCUCCAAUGAAGAGCUCAACGCCGGCCUCAUAUCCUCAGAGUUGAUAUCAGAAAAACGCAGCCUCGAGCUCACAAAACCCACACGACCCUUCCCACCAGGCUACAAACCCAUCGAAUGGGGCCACCCGUCCCAAAAACCCAAAGACCCGACACUCGACUACUCUAUCCUGCUCAUCGCAAAGCCUAUUCCUUUCCAAUUCGACCUGAAGCCACGAGACGAGGCGCGCUCGAACAAGGUUAGGGAACUCUUUGCCGAGGGCCUCGAAAAGGGUCACUACACCAAGCCUCGCGAAUACUGGGGCCCGAAUCAGGGGAGAGGCGAAUCUUUGGGUUGGAGCAAGGUGUGA